AUGGCCCUAGAUCGUUACGUGGCCAUCUGUGAUCCCCUGAGACAUGCAUCCACACUAACAAAUGCCAGGGUGGCAAAGAUUGGUCUGACCAUAGUACUGCGCGGCGGCAUACUCGUAUUGCCCUAUCCCUUCCUGUUGAGGCAGUGGCCAUAUUGCAAAACCAACAUCAUCCCCCAGCCGUACUGCGCCCACAUGGCCAUGGUGAAGCUGGCCUGUUCCGACACCCGUGUCAGUAGUUACUAUGGCCUCUUUGUACUAUUGUGUGUUAAGUGUCUGGAUGUGAUUUUUAUUGUUGUGUCCUAUACCCAGAUCCUCAGGGCCAUCUUCAGCCUCUCCACAAAGGAUGCCCGUCUCAAGACUUUUGGGACUUGCACCUCACACCUCUGUGCCAUCUUAGUCUUUUACAUCCCAGGUCUGUUCUUGUCUCUUGCUGACCGGUUUAACCAGAAUGUGCCCCUGCAUUUCCAUGUUCUCAUUGCCAACGUGUACUACUUGAUGCCUCCCAUGCUAAACCCCAUCAUCUAUGGGGUGAGGACCAAACACAUCCAGGGCAGGCUGUUCUGGCUCUUUACUCAUAAAUGUACUUAA